AUGAUUCCGGUUGUUGCAGGAGGUGCAGGCUUGCUGAUUGGCCAUCCGUUGGAUACGGUUAAGGCUCGAUUGCAAACCGUUAGCACCUAUGGUGGAAUGUGUUUGCACGAGAUAUUGUUCCAAUACUUUAAAUCAAGGAAAUGGCUCAUGAAUGCAGUGGAGUUCCAGGUUUCUGGUCUCUACAGAGGAAUGCUGGUGCCGUUUGCAACAGUCGGGGUGUUGCACUCUUUGCUGUUCGCAGGUUAUGGUGCCACAUUGCGACUGCUCCAUCCAGGCGAUACACAUAUUGACAGCCGAAAAGACGUUCCUAUGAGUGAGAUUGCGCUCGCAACCGUUGUUGGUUCAAUCAUUCAACUCGUGCCGGCUGUUCCCAUUGAAGUUGUGAAAACGAAUUUGCAGGUAUUCAAUUUCCUCGUUUCUAAUUUUUUUAAGGCUAUCGCUCCCUCCUCUCCUUCUGAUUAUUUCUUAAGGAAAUCUGCUCGCCCGCUCCGUCCAAAAUUCAAAAAGAAAGAAUCGCACACUUUUGGGAAUCGGCAGCAACAUCGUCUAAUUCCUCAACUUCUUUUCGUACAGUUUAUAAAGGGUGGGACAGUGAUGUUUCAUCGUGAUGUGAUAGGAUACCUCUUCUAUAUACCAGUGUACGAAUUUAUUUAUCGGCAUCUGUCGAAAUCCUCGAACAGCGACGAUACUCUUGCACAGGUAAUUGCCGGUGGUACGGCAGGUAGUUUGUGUUGGUUUAGUGUCUGCCCACUGGAGGUGAUCAAGAAUCGUCUACAAACCAGCCAUAUCCCCUCAACCACCUCAUGUUCUCUUAGUUUAUGUAAGUAUGCGAUGCAGUUGUAUCGCCGCGAAGGUUUCAAGACUUUCUAUAAAGGUGGCCUUACGUUGAUUGUUCGUGGCUUCCCGGUUAAUGCGGUACUUUUUGUUGUGUAUUCGAAAUCGAUGACUCUCUUACAGGAUGGAACACCGUUCAAUAGACGGUACAAUACUAACGAUAAUCAAAUGAUAACAUGA